AUGUGGGUUACUUUCCUUAUUAUGGUGACAGGAUACUUUGGAUUUUCGCUUAAAUUUAUAGAAGACGACAAAUAUUAUGCAAAAGAAUUCUUUAUUGAAGACGGAAAAAUACAUAAUGUUCAUCGACAAAAAUCCACUUGGAGUUUCCUAGGAAUUCUGUCUUCUUUUAUUAUAAUUUUCACAAGCAUGAAAAUUUCGUUGACUGAUACAUCCGAUAAAAGAGUUAUGAGAGAGAGCAAAGAAAGAGACAUGACAUAUUCUAUGGUGAAGGGAAUACCUGUUGUUGUAGAUGGCUGGUGUUGUAUCUAUUUAAUGGAUAUGACAACCGUAGAAUAUUUAAGUCAUCAACAGCAAAGGAAAUAUUACAGCGAUAAUUAUGAGGAGGAGGAUGAUGAAAAUCCAUGGAGAAGACCAUAUUAUCAUAAUCCAUGGAAAAGGUGGAUAAUGAGCAUAGUUAGAAAAGUCUGCAAAGAGAAAUAUGAAUCACAAGUCUAG